UUAUCGGUUAUCGAUAGCUCGCCAGAUGGUGCCGGUUGGUUUCGGCUAUUUUGUUUCGUAAUUUGUAGUUUCGUUGGGAGCUGAAUGAAAUAGGGCGGAAUGCAGCGAGCACGCCUACUAUCCAGUGUGUGCCUGCGCUGGCACCGUAUGCUGCAGCUCCCGGCAAGGACUGCCUCCUGGGGAAGCCAUGGAUUGCUCAACGCCGGACCGUCCAGCCGGCUCUGGAAACUGGACAUCUCACAGCGGGACCUGAGCUUCGGAAGUGCUACCUGGGCCGCAGCGGACAGGAGGAGCAGGGCUAGAAAUCCUAAAUCCUCUCCAAUGAGGCCAGUAGACGUUGAACACUUGUGGACGCAGCUGGACUCCUACUACAAACAAAACAGUCUGAUAAGCUUCGAGCACUGCCAGCGGAUGCUGGAGCACCUGCAGCACUCCCACCAGCCGGAGGGUGUCACCAUCGAACAGCUACACUUUCUCCUGGGAUCCUGCGUGCCCGAGCUCCUGCCCGCCCAGAGCAGCCAGGAGCGGCUGCAGCUUUUCCAGAGCUUGUGGGCGCAGUUGCUGAAACUGGGCCAGCCCACCUUGGCCCACUACCACACGCAGCUGGAGGUGCUGCGUCAGAACCGUCUGCCUCUGCCGGAUCACCGUUCACUGCUCGCCGAGAUCGCUGUCUACCACGGAGCGGCUGAUGCCUCGCUUUACAGCGCCCUCCUGGCCGUGGCCUGCUCGGCGGGCAACAUGCGCCAGGCCACCGAGCUCCUGGCCGAGAUGCGUGAACGUAACUUCGCCCUCACCGAACACAACUUCCACUCCCUACUCCUGGGCCAUGCCCGCAACGGAGAUCUGACCGGAACCGAGUCGGUACUGUCCAGCAUGCGAGCCGCCGGCAUUCCCGUGGGGACGAGCACCCAGGCUCUGCGCUUCGAGGCUCUCGUGGCCAACGGACAGCGGGAACAGGCCAAGGAUGUGGUGCAAUCGGAGACGGAUUUCACGGCUGCGCAGCUACUACAGAUGCUCAGGACUGUGCUGGCGGCCAAGAAGGUGGACAUGGAGCUGGUGCAGCAGCUAGUUAAGAAGCUGCCGCGCGACUACCUGACCGGGCUUGACCUGCCCUCGCCUUUGAGGAAUCUGUGCAUCCAACUAGCGCAUAAUGGCCGCGCCGAGGUCGUUCUUCAGCUGGUGGCCGCCCUGCCGGCUUCGAAGUUCGAGGCAACCAACCAAAAUGGGGAUGAGUACGCGGCACUGCUGCUUCAGGAGUUCUUCCGUGCCAGUGUGCCGCUGAGUGUGACGCUUCAGUUCGCCAAGGAACUAGUCCAGCGGGGUCAGAACCCUUUUGCCCUACACAUGGUGACCGAACUGGCUCUGCGCCGCCUGCCAUCAGCCUCUCUGAACUGCCUGGAGGAACUCUCGGCGGCUGGCCAGGAACUGAGACCGCACUACUUCUGGCCCCUGAUCCUGCACUUUCAUAGACGCGAGGGUGAGAGCGGGAUGCUCCGGUUGGUCGGCGAGAUGAAGCGCCUGAAGGUGGAGUGCGACGAGGAGACGCUGCGCAACUACCUCCUUCCCAACCUGAAGCACUCCCUGGCCCAGCCGCUGGAGGCUUUGAAGGCUCUGGACGCCGCGGGCGUGCGACCCUCCCAGACGCUGGUCCUGGUCAUUGAAUCCAUACUCCAGAACCACCACCAGCAGAUGAGCGACGUCCUGGAGCUGCUGAAGCGGUAUCCCACUCGCAUACAACUCUCCAGCCUAAUCCAGCCACUGUCCUCGCUGGCGGUGAAUGCCAGGGCCACCAAGCGCUUCGAACAGUUCGCUCAGGUGGUCCAGGCACUGCAACAGAGAUCUCUCCAGCCGGAGGAUGACUUUGUGGGAUCGCUGCUGCUGCAAAUGUGCGGAUCUCAGUCACGUCUGCGCCAGGAUGUGCCCUCGCUGGCUCGCUUCGUCCACGAGCUGCGCCGCCUUAAGCUGGAGAUCUCACCGGCGGCCGCCGAGUCGAUACUGUCCCUGGCCCGCCAAGCCACGCAGGAUCACGAGCUGCUCCAAGCCCUGGGCAAGGCGUUGCAGAGUAUGAACAAUGCCCAGCUGGUGCAGGCCGCCGAUGUGACCGCCAAUGGGGGCUUCAUCAAGCAUCCGCGCGACAUGAGUCUGGACGAGUUGGAGUGCCAUCUGGUGGAGCUGGAGGCCAAGCAGCUUAAUCCCCGCGGCGUGCUCCGCCGCCUGUUGCAGCUCUCGGUGCGCAGCGGCAGACUGGAGCGGGCGCAGCAGCUCCUGGCCAAGUGCCAGGCGCUCAAGGUGCAGCACAGUGCCGGCAUGCUGGCCUCCAUUCUCGAUUUGCACAUCAAGCUGAAGGAUCUGCCGCGUGCCCAGGAAAGCCUCAAGCGCCUGCAGAGCAUCUAUCCAGCAUUCCAGAUCGACGAGCACAAGCUGAUCGACUUUGCUGCCCUCCUCGUCCACUGCGACCAGCUGGAGAUCGCCAAGCAGAUGCUCCAACAGCGUUCCGAGCGGCACAAGAUCGUUGGCGGCGACUACGUGAUCAAGAACGUCUGGCAACUGCUGACCAAUGUGGCCCAGAUGUCGGCGAAAACCACCUCGAACCAAAGAGGAGAUGAAACGGACGCCAAACGCCCUAAUCUCACCUACGAAACGCUGGAAUACUUGCGGAAGUUGGGCUACUGUCACAUGCACAACGCCCUCCUCGGACCAGUGGUGCGCGAGUGGCUGCUACGCGGAGAUUUGGAGUCGGCAGUGGCAGAAUUCCAACGGCUGGCCACCAGCCACAGGCACACCCCGCUUCAGUUCGAACUCCUGUCGCUGCUGGUGCGCCUGGGGAACGGAGAUCAGGAGGAGCUGGCCCGCUAUCCGGGCACAACCGCGGAGAUGGCCCAGAAGUAUUUGGCCACGGUGACGGCCACAGUCAGCAAGAUCCAUGGAGCGGCGAACAUGAACAGCGCCCUGCUGCUGGCACUGGCGGAGUCGGGAACAGAGUCCCAGCUGCGACGGCUGAUCAUCAAUCCCGAGUUCCGGCUGAACCACGAGCUGCUGGUGAAGAACUGUGAGCACCUGGGACAGGAGGGAGCGGUGCGGACGCUGCUGCGCUUGGCCAGAGGAGUGCGCGGUGUCCAGAGGACGAUCGACGAGCAGCGGAUCUAUGACCUGCUGCUGGCCCAGUUCAGUCGGACCAACGACUUCGAGGCGGCGCUGGAUCUCUUCGAGCGCCUGGAGGCGGACGACGAACUGAAGGUCUCGCAAGAUUUUCUGCGCAACCUGGUGCAGUUGCUCCAGGUGAACAACGUGGAAAUACCUAGCGGCAUAGCUCUGCGCGCCCAAAUCAGAUAGCUGCUAUCGAAUUAGUACCUCUAGUUCUUAGUCCUUGUUCCUAAGGUGCUACUUGUUUGACAUUUAAGGCAUUUUCAAUAAAGUUAAAGCUGAUUUUCUCUAA